AUGAAAUGGGAUUGUUUGGCCGUGGAGAUCAAGUUCCAGACGAAUAGCCCUCAGGGGAAAACCAACAACCACAUUUGUAUGUUACUGAUUUUGAGGAAAUUAUCGAAUUUAUGUGGAAGUUAUGGUGCUGCUUUUGAAAAUUCUAGUCGUGAAAACGAAGAAACCCUAUUGCGAGAGGAAACCUGUCCAGCUCCGGCACCGGAACUGCCCCCACCGGACUACAUUCAUCCAUCCCCAACUUGCGUGAAAGGUGAGUUCUUAAUUUUCUCCCGGCAACGAGGUGGUCUCGCGGUGCCUCCGUGUCUCGUGUCUCUCCUCGACUCCGUUUCUCUUUCUCCGAACAUUCGUCUUUGUGCCUCUAUUCCCUAUUUCUGCACUCAAUCGAAGCACCCUUUCCCCAGAAAGGGCAGGAUGGAUGAAAAUGGAUUUCUUCUUGGUUAUUGCAUCGAUUUCUUCUUCAAGCAGAGGACGAGACCAUCGAUCUCCUCUUCCAUGAGCUCCACCACUCUCCCAAAAGCACAGGUGAAGCGAUUCUUGGAGUCCGUCAUCCCUUCAAUUCCGGCUCAACAUUUAUCCAAGAUUGAAAAGGGUGAAACGUUGGAAAGGAUAGAUUCACUUUCAAUUUUACCAGCAUCUUUUGUGUCCCAAGAUGCAGCUAAGAUUCUCUCAUUUUGUCCGUCUGUUCAGAGUGCUCUUAAGCCUGACAAAGCGCUCUGUUGGGGGAAUCUUAUGUUUUCAGCAAUGGUUUUGUUAAGGUAUGCUUAUUGCACUUCUCGUUAUAGAUUACUCGCAGCAGUUUGGAAUGUUUUGCAAACUGAGGGAAUUGACCAAGCAACUACGGCCAUGAAUGCACUUCAAGGAAUCUCACUACCAUCAUCGGAUCAGGGUGGCAUGCAUAUAGAAUUGCCCUUUACCACCCCACCCAGCCCCGCCUCGCCUCCCCCAAUACUCCUCGGUCACCAACUACAAUUUUUCAAGAAACAUGUCUUUUUGUGGGCUGCUAUAAUUUCCUUCUUUGAUUUGUCAAUCAAUCAUUUACCGGUAGCAUCGUUUUGGGAGAAGAAGGAGCUGAAGGACGCCCUGGAUGCUGACAUACAGGACAGAAUUAUGAAGGAACGGGAGAUGCAGAGUUACAUUGAGGAGCGUGAACGCGAAGUUGCUGAGCGCGAAGCUGCCUGGAAGGCCGAACUCUCUCGCCGUGAGGGUGAGAUUGCUAGACAAGAAGCAAGGCUAAAGAUUGAAAGAGAAAAUCUCGAGAAAGAGAAAAGCGUGCUUAUGGGAACUGCGUCAAAUCAAGAUAAUCAAGAUGGAGCUCUUGAAAUAACAGUAAGCGGCGAGAAGUAUCGUUGCCUCAGGUUUGCAAAGGCAAAGAAAUGA